AUGGACUUAUCACAACCAACUGGUGACAGCGUAAACACUUUCAUCAACAAACACCAUUACUCAUUGUCCUAUUCCACAGUAGACGACGCAGUAGCACUCAUCAUGAAGCAUGGUCCUGGUUCACAAAUGGCCAAGAUCGACAUCAAGCAUGCAUUUCGAUUGUGCCCGGUUAGAAAAGAAGACUGGCAUCUCCUCUGUUACAAGUGGCAGGGCUUCUACUUCUUUGAUAGAGUCCUACCUUUUGGCCUACGAUCAGCACCAUACCUGUUCAACAGAAUCGCAACAGCCAUUGAAUGGAUAAUACAACGCCGAGCCAAUACCAAAGACCUGCUACACUACCUUGAUGACUUCUUCGCGGUAGGCCCACCUAACACUGGUAAGUGUCGGCACAUAAAAGACAUCAUGCUCAACACAUGCAACCAUCUGGGCGUACCCAUCGCAGAAGAAAAAAUCGAGGGCCCCGCCACAACACUGACAUUUCUUGGCAUCGAACUUGACAGCAACGCCAUGGUCAUGAGGCUACCAAGCGAAAAAAUGACCGAUCUCACCACAACGCUACCGAAGUGGCUCAACCGACAGUCAUGUACCAAGCGUCAACUCCUCUCCCUCAUCGGCACCCUGAGCUUUGCAUGCAAAUGUAUUCCAGCCGGCCGCAUUUUUCUCAGACGCAUGAUUGACUUAUCCACAACAACACCACAUCUCACUCAAAUCAUCAACCUGUCAGACGAAUUCAGGCUGGACGUUACAUGGUGGUGCAACUUCCUCCCAUCCUGGAACGGCACUGCAUCAUUCCUCCAACCCACAUGGACGGCUGCACCCGACAUGCAUUUGUAUACUGACGCAUCAGCAACGAUAGGCUGUGGAGCUUUCUUCAAUA